CCUUUUGUAUCUUCUACGUGUUAACUUUCCACGGUGAGAUGGCUGUGGAGUCUCUGCUGGUUCCUGUAAAGUACAAACGGGCUCUGUGGAUAAACAGCAGGAGGCGAGAAAACCCGCCGCAGUUCGCUUCGAACUCCAAUUUUUAAAAAUAACAACGGUUCGAUUCAGCGGAUGAGCCGAAAAUCUCAAAGGCUGGAAAACUGCUGAACAUCAGCGCUCCAGAACACCCGUACAAGCUGUGCGGCCGGGCAGCCCGGCUGCCUCCCAGCCUGCAGAUGAAUGAAGAGCCCUCCAGGACGCAGACACGCAGCUGAUGCAGGUGUUUCUGAAAACAUGAUGAAGAGGAAGAAUCCCAACAAGAAACACAAGAGCAGUCUGAGUCCGACGAACCAAGUCCCGUCACAGCCCACACACAACAUCGUCGGCUGCAGGAUCCAACACGUGUGGAAAGAAGGGGGAGGACACGCGGUGUGGAAAGGAGCCGUGCUCGACCAGGUCCCCGUGAACCCGUCUCUCUAUCUGAUAAAGUACGAUGGCUUUGACUGCAUUUACGGCCUGGAGCUUCACAAUGAUGAGAGGGUUCAGGGCCUGGAGGUCCUCCCGGACCGACUGGCAAAAUCCCGCCCAGCAGACGUCAACCUGGCCGACACCAUGAUCGGUAAAGCGGUGGAGCACAUGUUUGAGACGGAGGAAGGUCCGAAGGAGGAGUGGAGGGGGAUGGUGCUGGCCCGGGCGCCCAUCAUGACCACCUGGUUCUACAUCACCUACGAGAAAGACCCCGUCCUCUACAUGUACCAGCUGCUGGACGACUACAAAGAGGGAGACCUCCGCAUCAUGCCCGACUCCAACGACGGCGUCCCGGCGGAGAGGGAACCUGGCGAGGUGCUGGACAGCCUGGUGGGCAAACAGGUGGAGUACGCCAAAGAGGAUGGCGGCAAACGAACAGGCAUGGUCAUCCAUCAGGUGGAGGCCAAGCCCUCCGUCUACUUCAUUAAGUUUGACGACGACUUCCUCAUUUACGUGUACGACCUGGUCAAGACUUCCUAAGACUUCAUAAUGCAGCACCUGUUGAAACGUCCCAAAACAAAAGGGAUAGAAAGAUCAGAUACCUUCUAGACUCCUUCUUCUCCUCCUGACCUUCUCAGACCCUUAAAAUGUCAAAGUCUCCGCCCUGGUUUCACGACAAAAAAUCUCUUUUCUGGAUGUUGAUGUGGAUGACGCCUGAAUGAAUUGCAUGACAUUUCCAAGACGUCCUCGCUCCAAAAUUCUCAAAUUAGUUCUCAGUGAUAUUCAUCGAGUGGACUCGUGUUCGAAGGAAAAGAGACGAGAUGAAGAAAUGUGGUCUCGAGCGACUCGCAGCACGGAAACGGGACAUUACGAAGAUUCUUCAAAGAUCUCCCGUCAGCCUGAUCCAGUUCUUCCAGUGCUUCCCAUCGAGUCCCCGGCAAACGGGGAAGGACCAAAGAAAUCCUGGCGUCUGCACGUCGGACUUCACCAUCACAACACAGUGGGACCGGAGCCGUGAGGAACCCGUCGUUGGUAAACUGAAACUAAGAAGCGCUGAGAGUGGAAAUGUGCAGACAGUUGGAUUGUUUGUUGAGGAUCGUAUGAAUUCAAUUAAAGUUUUUAUUGGAAUUAAAUUCCUACUAAACAACUCAAACUGUUUCCACCUGUGCAGGUUCACUUUCAAUGCAAACAUCCAACUCAUUCAAAUGAUGUCAUCCAGAUGCAGGUUCCAGGCAGUUCUGCCCUAAUUCCUAAUUUUGUUCCGUUCUUUACUUUCUGUCUUAUUUUUGAUUUACUAGCUCACCGGUUUGAAGCAAUCUUUUUAAACAAUGUUGACUCAUACCUUUGCAUCAGUUAGUCGAGAAUUAUCGUACUUCUGAUUCACAGAGGAUUUUACUGUACUGACUUUUGAAAUAUCCCAGAAUGUAACAUAUGGCACACAUGAAGUGGGACACGUGUUGCAGCCGAUACAGAACAAAAGCCGUGCGACAUCUUCACCGUGAAGGUUUCUGCUCACACAAGCUCAACUAGUCGACCGCGCCGGCACCUAAAAAAGAUGGAGGUUUUCUCUCCUUUUUGCUUUUUUAUCGCCAAAUAGUUUUUUUUCUCGUGAUUUCACUAAAAGCCUUUUUGGAUUUGCUCUUGUGUUUCCAAGUCUCCAGCGAAGGACGCAGAGACAAGGGACGCAGAGACAAAGGACGCAGGGACAAAAACUGGCCCUUGGCCGAAGCCUUUGUUUGUUUUAAAUAUCUUGUAAACAUCUGGAUCGCUUGAGCUCUUCUUCUCCCAUCUGACAUCCAAACGCAGAGGCGGCUUCCUAAUGUCGCUCUGUGAAUGUAAGGACGGGAGAGCUUUAUGUAAUGCACCUUAAAGCUGGAGGAGGGAAGGACAAGGUUCCUCAGACAGAUCACGAGUAUGUUGGACUUCUCACAGAAAGUCUCACAGAAAACCAGUCAGCUGUUUUCAUUCAGUAAAAACAUCACUGAGACGAAAAGGAUCCCAGUUUGUAUUUGCACACGAACCAACGGAUCCGGACUGACUGAAAAGAGUGUGUGUGUGUGUGUGUGAGAGAGAGAUCAACAACUCAUGAAGGUUUAAACACCUUUUUAUGUGGAUUCUAAUUUGAGUUCCAGGAGACUGAAGGUUUUCCACAAACACGUUCUGUUUGAAAUUGCAGUUGAAAUGUAUAUUUUAUAAUUGACAUUUUAUUGAUAACUCAAAUAAAAAUUCAGCCGGAGAACAUUUCAAUUACAGAAAUGAUGUUUGUCGAAUUGUUCACUAUAAAUAUAAAACCGCACCAGCGAAUGUUUACCUGCAAAUAAAAAAUGAGUCGGGCGACAACCAACCAAAGUACCUUCA